CAUCUUGCGAAUGGCUUCAAAUUACAAAAAAUAGGGCCAAGUUUCAUUUACUUGCUAUGUGGGGUCUUUGUUUCGCAUUUUCUUUUCUUUCGCUGGGCCCUUUUGAAAACUGGAGUUACGUAGUGUUUAAUCCGACAACAGCGCAUUGUGGAAUAGCUUUCCCAAAUUCACUUGCCGACAAAUUGAAGUUGUCAUUACUUGCUCUAGUGGCAUUUAUUGUUCCAAUUUGCGGCAUGUCUUUCGCGUAUUGUCGAAUUUUCUUUAAGGUCAGUUCACACGAAGGCAAAAUGAACCAGAACGCCGAACGUCAAGGUAACCAGCUGUCGGUGGUUACCAAAAGACUCGCUGUCACAUUAUGCCUGAUGUUCAGCACUUUUCUUAUUUGUUGGUUGCCGUUUUUCAUCCUUAUUGCACUGGCUAUUGUUUCAGAGGAUGUGUCGACCCUUCCUUGGUACCUUGGUCGCAUUGCCUACUGGAGCGGAUACCUAAAUUGCGCCAUGAACCCUUCUCUAUAUUGUUUGCGAUCUUCUGCCUUCAAAGAUGUGAUACGCCGACCUUCGUCAGCAAGUGCUGAAGGUUCAGUCAAACCGUUAGUCAACAGAAGUCAGAGGGCUUUCUCACUACCCGCCAUAUCGUAUAAUAUGAAGCGCCCCAUAUCAAAACGAGUUGGAAGGCAAAGUUAUCCGAACGCCGGUCUGAGCGUAUCGACUCACGAUCUGCCAACAUGCGCCGAGGUGGAUGUGGCUCGCUUGAGAGCUUACUCUUGUUCCAGUUAUGAAAUAAAAUGCAAAGAAAACACACAGAUAAAUCAACAAAGUGUAGAGCUAUAGCGAGACAGAGAAGUCAGUACAGGCAGCAGUGUCAAAUGAGCAAUUUGCGGUGAAUCGUGAUGUGAAUGCGAGAAAGGAGACAUUCGGAAUCUGAGCUCGUCACCAAUCGGCGGACAUAGCCUUUUAACAGCCCAAGGCAAAAAAGGACGUAACCACUUUAAUCUGACUUCCGAUGUAGCAGUAAAGCGUAUCUCAUGACUUUCUCGCGCGAGGCGCUCGAGGAAGGUAUCUAUGUAGGACAAAUUAUUUCAAUUGCAACCAAUAGUCGCGUUUUU